CAGUUUUCAUGCUCGUUUUUCUUGUCCGCCACUCGGUAGAUUCUUUGUAUAGAAUUAAAACUGAGCAUAUGGCUACAUUUUCAAUUACGAAGGAAGUUUUCAAGCUUUCUGCCGUUUCGCGCUGAGAAGGUUCUGGAUUCAAGAAGAUCAUAAAAGUUUCCCACAGUGUAAAGGCUCUGCCUCUCAGAGGUCGUGUUACUGGGACAAAAUCGAUGAUGCUUUUUUAUUCGUUCUUAGUAACAAGUUUUUAAACUCACCACAACAACUGCCAUGAUGUGUCUGAACGGAGGACAACCAUACUAUUAAUAAUUGAUCGCUGGAAGAUUAUCGCCUCAGAAGCUUUGAACUAUUUCGUGUAUGACUGAGGUCAAGGAAAAUAUGGUCGAGAAUCAGGCUUCCAGUAAAUUAACCGAAGAGCAAAUAGAAGACUUUAGGAAAGCGUUCCUACUCUUUGACAAAGAUGGCAACGGAAGAAUAACAGCAGACGAACUGAGUGAAGUAAUGAGCUCUUUGGGUCAAAGUCCCACGAAGAAAGAGGUUGAAGCAAUGAUUCAAAAAGCUGACCAAGACGGUGACGGUUCCAUUGACUUCCUAGAGUUUCUGGAAGUAAUGGCCAACAAGAUGGGUGAGCACACAUUUGAAGACGAUCUCAGGGACGCAUUUCAACUGUUCGACACAGAUUGCAACGGCUAUAUCUCCAAACGAGAAUUAACUUUCGUCCUGACGAGCCUAGGGGAACAGAUCACUGAUGCUGCUGUGGAAAAUAUGAUCAAGGAAGUAGACCUGGAUGGAGACGGCAGGGUAAACUACGAAGAAUUCCUACGAAUUAUGAAGAAAUGAAUCAAACAUCAGAGAACAAUCUGCCAGCCAUUGCAACCUAUCUAAGAGUCAGUUUAAUUUAACCUCAUUUUAGACCUUCACCUAUUCUAAGUAUGUAAGGGAGGUCUAACAUUUAGGCGAUGACGUUUUUUUUCCUUCAAGUUGUACAUAAAAUAGAUAUGUAAAUAACUACUUGUCAUACAUGAAAGAAAUCAUGUAGCGCUGUAGGACAUAUUGACUGAUGUGUCUUCUAGAAACUUCAGUAUUGGAGGAAUUUCUCGUGUGUGUACUAUUCAAGACAGUUACGCGAACCCAAGGCUUCAAAAGAAAUAGUCCACGCCUUGUUAAUUGGCAGUCUGUGGUAUAACCUUCAAUCUAUUUCCAAUCAUAAUCCCUCUCUACGGUAAACAUGAACGCAAACCGUAUUGAACAACCAUAGCGUUUGCAAAAGGUAACUAUGCGUAUGAAUAAUAUAAUCAAAUUGGUAACGAAUGAACGGGUCAAUCCCGUCUUUGACCUUUUUCUCUGAGCAGAGAUGUGUAUCACUUAUAAUGAGUUAAUUAUUUUCUUAGUUUCACUUCAAAUACCUCCUAAGUCGUAGUAACUUCACUUCACCUGAAAAUGUAAAUAAGCCGAGCCUUCAAAUUUAUGUAUUAAAGCUUCUUUUUUAGUGUCUCAUCAAAUAAUGCGGAGAGUGGAGAGCCGUGAUCAACCUGGUAACUUACAACUGAGUCAAGAUUUGAUCGCGUUUUGUUUUGUUUUGUUUCAUGUUCAGUUAAAGUAACAGGGCUGAAUUUUGAUCACAAAUAAGUGCAGAAAGUUAAACUUUAACUUGUCAGUAGUAACCAACAACGAAAUGAUCUUCAUAGGUUAACAGUGAUCAAAGGAACUGCAGAGUACGAAGCUCAUGUUUCGACGGGGUUUGCAAAUAUUACCCCACCCUAAAUAGUAGUUGUGUGCUACUAACUGAGUCACGAAGUCAGACGAUGGGAAUAAGGGAAAUUUUAGAGAGCCGUUUGUUCCCACGGGUAUUUUUCGUUAUCAGCUGGUUGCGAAACGGGGCUUCCCCCCUCCCCCAACCAAUAUCCCUCCGUUUUUAAACAAUCUACCAUAAACCGGACCAAAACGAAAUAAUAUUAUCCCAGGGAUGAAUGGGAUUUUUUUGAGGAAAGAGGAGCAGGUGAUGGUAAUUGAAAGUUGUUCAUAAUGAUCGAAUACCUCGUAGAGUGAAAAAUAACAUUUCUUCACUUUCAAUUAUAUUUAAUCUUGGUAGUAAAUAACACCAUCCGAUCGAAGAACUGGAACAAAAUUAUAAAAAUAAGGUUGCUCAUGGA